AGUCAAGGUGUUGUGCUGCGAAUAUCGAUUUUUAGAAACUUCGGACGUGAAGGAGCUUGUUGAAUGUACCUCUGAAGCGCCGUCAACUUACGGCACUCGCAGAAGAAAUGAGCAAUCCGAUUCUUCAAGCGCAGCCCAGCAUCCCCGGGGUGCAGGGCAAAGAAGGAAAAUUCAUUGCACGUGGAACUCAACGCGGCAAAGGUAUCGCUGUUUUCACGAGUGGAGGAGAUGCCCAAGGGAUGAAUGGCGCCGUUCGUGCUGUUAUUAGAAUGGGAAUAUACCUGGGCGCGAAGGUAUAUUUUAUCAAGGAAGGAUAUCAGGGUAUGGUGGAUGGUGGAGACAACGUGGUUGAAGCAUCGUGGUCAUCUGUUUCCGGGAUCAUUCACAAAGGAGGCACUGUGAUUGGUUCUGCUCGUUGUAAAGAUUUCCGUGAGCGACCGGGUAGACUAAAGGCUGCAAAAAAUUUAGUGAAGAAAAACAUCACAAAUUUGGUUUGUAUCGGAGGCGAUGGCUCUCUGACUGGUGCUAAUCUCUUUCGCGUGGAAUGGAGCUCUCUUCUGGAUGAGUUGCUUUCUACAGGUGAAAUAACGAAAGAGGAAAGAGAUACUUGCGCGUAUUUGAAUAUCGUUGGUAUGGUUGGAUCGAUCGACAACGAUUUUUGUGGAACCGACAUGACUAUCGGGACUGAUUCUGCAUUGCACAGAAUCAUCGAAGCGAUUGAUGCAAUUGUAGCCACUGCGUAUUCUCAUCAAAGAACUUUUAUAAUGGAAGUUAUGGGAAGACAUUGUGGUUAUCUUGCGCUGGUUGCUGCCCUGGCAAGUGAGGCAGAUUUUGUCUUCAUCCCUGAGUGGCCCCCAGAACCGAAUUGGCCUGAAACUCUCUGCAAAAAGCUUGCUCAAGAACGAGCGAUGGGUCAACGGUUGAACAUCAUUAUUGUUGCUGAAGGAGCGAUUGAUCGCGAAGGACAACCCAUUACCGCAGAGCAAAUCCGCAAAGUCGUCGUCGACCAACUCAAACAAGACACUCGUAUAACUGUUCUUGGUCAUGUUCAGCGCGGUGGAAGUCCCUCGGCGUUCGAUCGAAUUUUGGGGUGUCGUAUGGGGGCUGAAGCAGUGCUGGCUCUUUUCGAGAUGAAGCCUGAUUCUGAAGCUGUAGUAGUCUCAUUGGAUGGUAAUCAAGCUGUGCGUGUGCCUUUGAUGGCCUGCGUCGAGAAAACCAAAGCCGUUGCCGCUGCCAUGGCUGCGAAGGAGUGGGAGAAGGCUGUUGAACUUCGUGGCAGGAGUUUUGUGCGUAAUUUGGAAACGUACAAAAUGUUGACGCGAUUGAGACCACCUCGAAGCGUGGGUGGGUUCACAAUGGCCGUGGUUCACAUUGGGGCUCCAGCAUGCGGAAUGAACGCCGCCGUGCGUUCUUUCGUGCGAAAUUGCAUUUAUCGUGGUGAUACCGUUUACGGUAUUCAUGACGGCAUAGAAGGAUUCAUCGAAGGCAAUAUUCAAAAAUUGAACUGGUCAGACGUGAACGGCUGGGUUGGACAGGGUGGCGCUUUCUUGGGAACGAAGCGCACACUCCCUGAAAAGUAUUUGCCCCAGAUUGCGGAAAAACUGAAGGUUUAUGGAAUACAGGGAUUGCUUGUCAUUGGUGGUUUUGAGGCGUACCAAGCCGUGCAACAGCUUGCCGAUGCAAGAGCAGAAUAUCCCAUGUUCUGCAUUCCUAUGAUCGUCAUCCCAUCGACGAUUUCCAACAAUGUUCCAGGCACUGAUUUCUCCCUGGGAUGUGACACUGCCUUGAAUGAGAUCAGCGAGAUCUGCGACAGAAUUCGUCAAUCUGCGCAAGGAACGAAGCGCCGUGUAUUUGUAAUCGAAACGAUGGGUGGUUACUGUGGGUACCUCUGCACUCUGGCUGGCCUAGCCGGUGGAGCCGAUGCUGCGUACAUUUUGGAAGAACCUUUCCGCAUCAAAGAUCUGCAAGAGGAUGUGCUGCACAUGUCCUCAAAAAUGGCCGAAGGAGUCCAGCGCGGACUGAUUCUGAGGAAUGAAAACGCUAAUGCCAACUACACCACGGAUUUUUUGUAUCGUUUGUAUUCGGAGGAAGGGAAGAAUAUCUUCAGCACAAGGAUGAAUGUUUUGGGUCACAUGCAACAAGGUGGAUCACCUAGUCCUUUCGACAGAAACAUGGGUACUAAAAUGGCUGCAAAGUGCGUCGAAUGGAUGAUUCGUAAGUUAGAGGAAGGAAGAAAUGAAGAUGGAAGUAUUUACCUUGAUACCCCGGACAGUGCUGUUCUUCUUGGUAUCGUUCGACGUCAGUACUGCUUCACUCCUGUACAGCACCUCAGAGAAUACACGGAUUACAAGCACCGCAUUCCCAAGUUCCAGUGGUGGUUAAAACUACGUCCAUUGCUGCGUAUCCUGGCCAAGCACCAUGCAACCUAUGAAGAGGAUGUUGAAGUACUGCUUGAAGAGAAUCUGGAGGAAGAAAAUGCAAUCUCAUAAAUAUUUCAAGUGCAAUCCACACUCAAAUGCCCGUGAUGUUGUACGGUUGAAGUUCCUUUUUGUAAGGUUGAAAACUUCGCGAAAAUACCCUGACAAAUCUUGUUCGAUUGAUACAUUUAGACGGCAACCGAGAAAAGUUUUGAAGUCCUUAACCGUUGAUGGGCCAAAACUUGCAUCGUUAUGAAGAAAUCAAGUGUGUGUUGUUUGAAUCGGCUAAUUUGAGAAAAAUGUAGAUGAACGACGUGCAAUAAUUGAACGUGAACGGCGUUGUCCAGUAUAGUUCUAGUCCGUUGAGGCUCAUGGCUAACCACCGUCUUAGUUUUUUAUAACAACGAACCGCGAAUUCGUGUCAAGUGUGUCAAGGUUUGUGUCAAAUAGUUUGUGAAUUAGCAGUGCUGCUUUGACUCCUGAAACAUUUGUCUCUCUGCGAACUCGUUGUUCGGAAAGUUUCUGAUAGCUGCCGCUAACUUAACAGUGUCGUUACUGCAAUGUUAUACAGUACUGUAUUGACGAAGUGUCAUGUGUCCUUGGCCAUGGAAAGGUGAUCAGACGUUUGGUAAAAAUCCAUUGUGUUCGCAUUUUUGAAAAGUUGGUAAUGCUGUAUUUAACGGUCAAGUUGUGGUUGUGAGAUGACAAAACCUCACUGAUGUUGCAGGUUGCAUGGAUUUCACUUCAGUGAGAAAUCUUUGAAUUAUGGCGAGAAUUCCAGUGCAUCGUUUAUGCUUGAAGAUGAAGUCCUGCAUUGCAAUCUAUCACGAUCAAUAUUACGGUAUCUUGUUUAAGAUGAUCGGAGAAAAUAGAAGGUUUUCAGCAUCUAA